AUGCCUGUUACUACUCGUGCAGUAGCAUCAAAAGCUCAAGUUAAUGCUGAUUUAACUCAUUCACAAGAUGAAACAGCGUCAACUUCAACAAAAAAUAAAAAAGCAAAACAAAAGCGUAUUUCAAAGAAAGGAAGCAAACAAAGUCAGGUACAAUCCAAAACAUCUUGUGCUGAACUUGAGGUUAAUCUUUUAUCGGAAAAAUCAUCAACAGCGUCAGGUGCUGUACUUACACUCGCAGAUAUUUGUGAGCAAUCUCAUGAAGUCUUGGUGCAACAGGAAAUCGAUGCAGCAAUUCAACCAUGCACAUCACCAAAAACAACUCCAAUUUCUCACUCAACAUCUCCAUCAAAAGACGAUGAUAACCAUUCUAUCAUAUCAUCAAAAUUAUUAGACAACGACGAACAUGAUUUUAUGCAUGUACCGAUCACUGGUGGAGAUAUAACAACUGGUUUAUCGACGCGUGGUGGCAAAAUGGUUUUUAUAAAUGGCUUCGCAUAUUCGUACAUGGGUAUGUCAAAAAAGACAACAGGUUGGCGAUGUGCUCGACGAAAAGAGAAUUGCAAAGCUGUUAUUCAUAUUUCGAAAGAAACAGGAAAAAUUCAAGAAUGGAAUGGUGUGUAUCAUUGCCACCAACCUGAUCAACGUGAAGAUCGAGAACGUGAAAUAUUAAACAAAAUAAAACAACGUGUUCUUGAUGAAAAUCGAUCAAUUAAGAUGAUAAUCGAAGAGGAAUAUAGAUAG